UAACCGUUUCUGUUUAUUUUUAUUGCUGCUGAGUGAAAAAAGUUAGUGUCUUUUCCUGUUUACUAUUAUUGAUUUGCGUGACAUUAAAAUUUCAGUUGAUGAAUCUUUAGUUCAUGGUCUAAAACAUUACUUGUUCUAUUUCUACAGAUUGCAUGGCCAUCUUGAUAGGUGGUCUAUCCAUGUUUACAGGGGUCUUUCUAAUCUCAUCCUAUUGCAUGAGUAGAUGCUAGAGGUGUUUGAUUCAAUGGAUACACCUAAUAAAAUACAUUAUGCAAUUACUUGCUAACACAAAAGUGAACUAGGAACAAAGUGCAAGGCAAUGUGAUUUACUAAAAUUUUUAUGAUUAGUUUGUAGAUUUCCAUGGUAUGGUUUUUCAGGUAUCUCUAGGUCUUCUUCUGACAGUGUGCUUCUUCCUUAUAGUUUGUGCUUUUGAGAUCUAUUAUUUUCCCAUACUUUCGUUCAUCUCUCCACAGUUUUGUAAUUUUUUCCUAAUUCCAGUCAGGUUUACUUUAUGUACCUCAGCAUCUAUAUAUCGCGUUUAUCACUUAUUGACAGUAUUAUGAUUGUAAAACAGAUAUUGGAAAGAAAAAUCAGACGCCACUUGCAAUAGGUGUUGUCUUUAGUUCUAAUGGUCAAAUGCCUUGAGAAGAUUUUAAACUUUCUUCUUUUGAUUGCAGGCCUUAGCGUAGGAGGUGCUGUACUUGCCGGCAUUGGCAUUGGAUGGCUAAUCUUCUUGCAACAAAAGAGAAAGCAGAUUAUAGCACAGGCUUCACCUGUCCAAACCGAAAAGAAAGACCUUCCAAUUUUAAGUUCAAGCAAUGGCCUGACUUCUUCUUCUCCUAAUUCUUCAACCACUUUCACCAGAAGCAUUCCCUCUUAUCCCUCUUCCAAAUCUGAGGCUGAUUACCGGAGGGGAAGCUCCUACUUUGGGGCUCAUGUCUUCAGCUUCGCUGAACUUGAAGAAGCCACGGAUAAUUUUGAUCAAUCUAAAGAACUUGGAGAUGAUGGUUUUGGCGUCGUGUACUAUGGCAAGCUCCGUGAUGGUCGUGUGGUUGCAGUCAAGCGCUUGUAUGAGAACAAUUUCAAGCGUGUUGAGCAGUUCAUGAAUGAAGUUGAGAUUUUAACUAAACUCCCCCACCAGCACCUCGUGACAUUAUACGGGUGCACAUCAAAACAAAGCCAAGAUUUACUGCUUGUUUAUGAGUACAUAUCAAACGGGACAGUGGCAGAUCAUCUGCAUGGAAAUCGGGCCAAAUCUGGUUUACUCUCUUGGCCUGUCCGAAUGAACAUAGCCAUUGAGACUGCUGAUGCUCAGGCUUAUCUCCACUCCUCAAUUAUAAUACACCGUGAUCUCAAAACCAACAACAUUCUAUUAGACAAUGAUUUCCAUGUGAAAGUUGCUGAUUUUGGGCUAUCAAGAUUGUUCCCAAAUAAUGUCACAAAUGUCUCUACUGCUCCACAGGGUACACCAGGCUACGUUGAUCCUGAAUACUACCAAUGUUACCAGCUGACCGAAAAGAGUGAUGUCUAUAGUUUUGGGGUGGUCUUGAUAGAACUGAUCUCAUCAUUACAAGCUGUGGAUACCAACAGGCACCGCCAUGAUAUUAAUUUGGCUAAUCUGGCUGUCAACAAGAUCCCUCAUUCAGUACAUGAAUUAGUUGAUCCAAGUCUUGGAUUCACGACAAACAGCUCUGUGAGGAGGAUGACUACAUUAGUCGCUGAGUUAGCUUUCCGAUGUCUGCAACAGGAAAGGGAUAUGAGACAUUCAAUGCAAGAAGUGCUGAAGACUCUGAGAGGCAUCCAGAAUGGGAAGUCAAAUGCACACAAGGCUGAGGUACUCGACAUUGUGGUAGAUGAUGUUGGGCUUCUAAAGGGCUCGGGCUCCCCUUCCUCACCAUAUUCCAGUGGAUGAACUAUCAUUUUCAGUUAUCUUGGUAUACUGCGAUAUGGUCUCUGGGAGAUUAUCUACUGCUGUUCGCAUAAGGAUGUAAAUAUUGAAUGGAGCUGCCAACAUUCUGGUAUAUAUGUGCAGUAACUUUUAUGCUGCCACGGGGUGAAAUUUAUGAAACACGUGGCUGACGACACGAACAAAUCAAUUAUUUGAGGAGCGAAAUGGCAUCAAUGGGGUGUGCACUCUUGACAAAGGCCUGUCCAAUUGAAUAAAGAUAAUGAAAAGAGAUAUACCUGUGUACUUCACCUGGCUACUCUCUGACUGUGUAACACAUAUUCUAGUUUAUGUAUUAAAUGAGCUCUGAUUUUACUUAUCUGACCAUCAGACAACAUCCUUCAGCCUGGUUGCUGUAGAAGAAAUGUUGACAAUUCAGGUUUUUCCCAACUGUUAGUUAUUAUUUUGAGUCUGCGAUGUCUCUUCUCUUAUGUAACUAUCAUUUGGAUGAGAUAUUUUAAGUGACGGUGCAACUGACAUCUGUCUAGGCACGUGCAUCUUCCAAGA